AUGCGAGAAGGCAAGAUGGAGCGAUUGCAGAGGAAGGUGCGAAAGAGGAUGCAACUAAACCGAAUUUGUUGGCUCAAUCUUGCCCAAUACCACGCCAUUCGACUUGCCAUUGAAUCCAGAUCCCCGGAGGAAAUGAUAUGCACCCUUGGAGUGUACAAUUAUAUUACAAAAUUCAUCACCAAGCUUUCAUAUCGAAAUGUGAAUGAUGGCCCACUUGUGAAGGUUCUGAUGUGCGGAGUGAAUUUGACCCCUAAAUUGACAGAAAAAUUGAACAAAACCGUUGGCAAUGCUUUUGAAGAAAACGCUAUUAUGAAAUCGUAUAUGCGAGUUGUCAUUGGAGUGAAUGUAUCCUUUGCAGAACUUAUUAACAGUCCAAGAAGUAUACCCGAACCAGAUGUCUUUAUCUUUGUGAGCAAUAUGUCCGAAGACUUUGGUGGUUGGGGAGGAGAGAGAGCCUUUUUCAGGGAAGCUACAAGCUACUUCCUGAAUGUCCACAUGCCACAUUGUGUUUUUGUCCUCGAUGCAAAGAUCGGCGCCAACUUCGAACGCCUCAUCAAACUCUUUCGCAAGUUUGUUCCCUCCGCGGCGAGAUGCUACCAGCCGUGUUUACAAAAUAAAACUCACUUCAAGGUCUGGCAACUGCGUCGGAAAGAGGGUGUCUUUGCGAACCUGGUCAAAAUUCUCAUUGAAGCCUUUUCUGUUUGCUACUUCAGGAAAGUGGGGGAUAGGUUGUUUAUCUACUGGCCCGCUCCGGAUAUACCAGAACAAAAUACCACGCCGGCCAAUCAGAGUUGA